CCCACCCAGCGAGGUGGGCGGCCCAAAGAGGGGCGAGCGGGGACAGAGAACGGGCCGUGGCAGGACCAGGACCCCCGGCUGCGCUGCCUGCUCGGGGUGGUGAAGGGCAGCAGAGCCAACGCCGAGAGCCGCGGUGCUCCGGGGCAGGGCAUGGCCAGGACGGGGGACGGCGGGGAGCGGAGCCCCUUGCUGCGGGGGACACCCCUCAAGGGGCGCAGGGCAGCGUGUGCGGCCGUGCUGGUGGUGGAGGGUCUGGAGCGGGCGGCUUUUUUUGGCAUCACGGCCAACCUGGUGCUUUACCUCACCAGCAGCACCUUCAGCUGGGGGGGCACCCAGGCAUCCCGUGCCUGCCUGCUCUUCCUGGGGGCUUCCUACCUCCUCUCGCCCAUCGGCGGCUGGCUAGCCGACGUCUACCUGGGCCGCUACGGCACCGUGGCCCUCAGCUUCUUGCUGUACCUGCUGGCGGCGUGCCUGCUGCCCAUCACCACGUCGCUGGACGGGCGCCUCUCGGUGUGCGGGCAGCUGCCCGCCAACACCAUCCAAAACUGCUCCUGGCAGCCCCCCGAGCAGUACUGUGCCCCCACCAUCUACAGCGGCCUCCUGCUCUUGGCGCUGGGCGUCAGCUCCGUCAGAGCCAACCUCACCUCCUUCGGCGCCGACCAGGUGAGAGACCAGGGCGGUGAUGCCACGCAGCGCUUCUUCAACUGGUUCUACUGGAGCAUCAACAUCGGGGCCGUCUUCUCCCUGCUGGUGGUGGCUUUUGUCCAGCAGAACAUCAGCUUUCUGGCUGGUUACCUCAUCCCCGUCAUCUGUCUGGCCUUGGCCCUCCUCAUCUUCCUCCUGGCCACCCCCACCUUCAUCACCAAGCCCCCCACAGGCAGCCAGGUCUCUGUCAUGAUCAAGCUGGCCCUGCACAGCUGCGGCUGUACCUGGCCAAGGCUGAGUGAUCACCGGUGGGAGCCCGGGGACCCUCUCCCCAACAGCAGUCCCCAGCCUGGAGCCCCUACUCUCAAGGAGGACCUUACCAACUUCCAGGUGCUGGCCCGGAUCCUGCCCGUGAUGCUGACCUUCAUCCCUUACUGGAUGGUCUACUUCCAGAUGCAGUCGACGUAUUACCUGCAAGGUCUGCACCUCCACAUCCCCAGCAUCUUCCAGCACAGCCAGGACCAUGCCCGCACCCUGCACGGCUACACGUUCCCAGAUGCCUGGCUGCUCCUGGCCAACGUGGUGGUCUUGCUAGCCUUGGUGCCCCUGAAGGACCGUGUCAUCGACCCCUUCCUAGCCAAGCGGAGGCUGCUGCCCUCGGCGCUCCAGAGGAUGGCCCUGGGCAUGUUCUUCGGCCUCGCUUCUGUUCUCACGGCGGGUGUCCUGGAGCGGGAGCGGCUGCAGUACGUGCGUCGCAACCAGACGGUGUCACAGCUCAUCGGCAAGGACCGCUACCUGGCUGCCACGCUGCCCAUCUGGUGGCAGGUCCCCCAGUAUCUGCUCAUCGGCAUCAGCGAGCUCUUUGCCAGCAUCCCCGGCCUGGAGUUUGCCUAUGCCGAGGCCCCCAAGUCCAUGAAAGGAGCUAUCAUGGGUCUCUUCUUCUUCAUCUCUGGGGUGGGCUCGCUGCUGGGGUCGGGGCUGCUGACCCUCCUCUCGCUGCCGGCCCACGGGUGGAUGCGCUGCCCGGAGCGCUACGCUGCCGCAUGGAUAACUACUUCUUCCUGCUGGCGGGAAUCCAGUCGGUCACCUGCCUGCUCUUCGCCUGGAUCUCCAGGCGCUACCAGAGCCAGCCGCCACGGCCAAGUGCCCCCCACCUCUGUAGGGGGCCAUAGGAGGGCUGAUAUGGUGCCACGGGGGGUGAUGGGGCAUCACCCACCCUUUCCUGGGGACAGGGAUGCUGGGCAGAGGGGACAGGGCCCUGGGAAGCCAGAGUGGUCACCCCCAUCUCUGUAGCCUCACAGGUUUUUGGGGGGCUGCUGGGGUGGUUCAAGCCCUGGCAUGGGGUAGAGGGAGGGGGAAGGCUGGGUUGGUGCCAGCCCGGCAUGGGGAACCUGCUGGGAGCAGGGUGACAGAGCACGGGGGUAUCUGCUGCUGUCACCCACGGCAAUUUUGGGAUGU